UCGUAAUAGAAAGUCUAAAAGACGUUAGAGUAACGGUUCCUGAAGCAGUGCGGAUGCGAGAGACCAUUACUUUGCAAUGCGCGUUUGACCUGGAAGGUGAGCCACUUUACACCGUAAAGUGGUACAAAGGCAGCAAGGAACUCUUCAGGUUUAUUCCCAAGGAACUUCCCAACUCCAAGGUGUUUGCUAUGCCAGGAAUCGAAGUGGAUUUGAGCAAAAGUACCCGAAACGAACUAGUGUUAAGAAACGUGCAACCAGAAGUAACUGGCAGAUACAAAUGCGAAGUUUCAUCUGAUGCGCCCAAUUUUUACACGAAAAUGGAUUCCGGUUACAUGUACGUGGUCGACGCCCCCAUUGAUGACCCUUCAUUGACCAUAGAUAAGAACUUGGUGGACAUUGGCGACUUUGUAAGUGUAAAUUGCACGACUCUGCCUUCGUUUCCCUCGACAAACGUUAGUUGGUACCUGAACGGAAUUAAGGUUGCGCCCAGCUCGAUGCAAAAACUGGAAGUUACUCCCGAGUUAUCGACGAGCAAUCGAAAGUAUUUCAUAACGAUAUCCGGAAUGGAGCUGCAAAUAACCGAAAGCACAUUUCAGAACGGCAAGGCUGUUCUGAGCUGCGUAGCCAAGCUGUUCAAUCUGUACAGAGGAGAACGGAAAGAGACUAUAGAGGAGGCGAAGCCCAGGCCGCGACCCUCUUCUGUUUUGGGUCCCAGAAACGAUAGUUCAGUGAGCCAAAGACUGAAAAUUUCCAACGUAGGAUUUAUAUUGACGUUUAUUCUCUUGCAUGUACAUCGAUAAAACCCAGGCUCGCGUUUAUUUAUUCAGGAAAAAGUCUGAUGGUGAGCUCACACCAAAAAACGACUGUUUUCUUAACCGGAAGAAUCAAUCAAGUUGUGUAAAUAGCAUUGUAAAUAGUAAUUUAAGGUGAACCAGAGCCCUUAAGCUGAUGCAAUCGAUGUUACUAACGUUGGAAGUGAAUAAUGAUAUUCACAGGCAAAAAACGACUUGCUACUUUGCAGCCAAUUAAAAUCAGUUGUUCGAGUCUUUGCUUCAAAGUACCAAGCCAUUUGAAUUACAUACUUACUCCACAAUCUUAUAUUGAACAUAUUAAUGUGGCGUAGCUGAAGAAGUUAUAUAAUUGUUUCAAUAGAAUUUAACAGAGUUUUUUUAAUGUGUUUGAAUGUUAUGACUGAAUUAUAUUUUAUCACCCACACUUUUGUAAGGUAAAUUCAUAAAAUCAACUGCAAUUUUCCGGGUUUGUUCGACUGUGUUGAGUGCUGAAUUGUUGAGCCGCAUGACAGUACAUUACAAACGAUUUACCGCAGAACUAUCAAUUAUUUGCCAUUAACCGAUUGAAAAUUUAUUGUAGACCUUUAAGAUGUUAAUAAAAAUUGUAUAAAAACU